AUGGCCUCGUCCCCCGAAUCUCUAGACACCAGUCUGUCUAAGAAUAAACGCAAGUCCAAUGCUGCCAGUUUACAGAGCUCGGCCCGCCCAGUUAAGAGAAGAGCAUCAAAGGCUUGCUGCUGCUGUCGAGCUCGCAAAGUUCGUUGUGAUGUCGUUGAGAAUGGCUCUCCAUGUACCAAUUGCCGUCUAGAUGAUGUCGAGUGUGUCGUUGCAGAGAGUAAACGCAAAAAGAAACAUCAUAUCGAGGCUACUCCUGAGACACCAAAGGAUUCGCCGCCGGAUCAUUCACCUAUAUUCGACAGCAAGUCUAACUCUAACAGGUUGUUCCCGUCUAUCUCUGAUUCAUGGCCCUCUGUAUCACCUGGAAGAUACCCGGAGAACGAGCAGCAUGUGCCCCAUCUGAUAUAUCAAACCCAGAAGAGGCAGCGUAUGCAAGAUGAGGAAAGGCGGAGACGGCUGUCGAGCACAACUAUCAAUUCUCCAUUUCUCUACACUGUACCCCCGAAGUCACAACUGCGCCCUUCAUGUCUGCUGCACGCGGAAGGUGCUCGCAAACCAUUCUUUCAGAAAACAAGACUUCUGUAUGACUUUGACUACGAGUCUGAUCGGAUAUCUCUUGUCCAAUCGAUACUUCUGAUGACACACUGGUAUGAAAUGCCUGACGACCAGAAAGAUACAUGGCAUUGGAUGGGUGUUGGACUUUCUCUGGCUCAUACCAUCGGCCUCCACAGAGACCCGGCAUCUUCAAACAUGGAUGCAAAACGGCAGAAGCUUUGGAAGAGAAUAUGGUGGAGCACAUAUACCCGUGAUAGACUCAUUGCGUUGGGCAUGAGAAGGCCUACCAGAAUUAAAGACGAAGACUGCGACAUGCCCUUGUUGACGAUUGAUGACUUUGAAAUCAGCCCCUGUUCUACCGAGGUCCUACAGGUUCUAGGGGACUGCGAACUGACACAUAACGUCAAGCAUCAACAGGACCUUGCUAUGAUGUUCAUUGAGAAAACGAAAUUAUGUCUGUGUAUCAGCCACGUCCUGUCGGCACAGUAUUCCGUCCUUGGCCACAAAUUUGGCGGCACAACUGAAACCACUAUGAUGCUAGUGCCGAAGAAGACUGCCACGGAAGCCUGCGAGGUCAGGGCAUGUGACAUUGAGCUUGAGAGUUGGAAAUCCGGACAGCCGGAUGUGACUGUGUAUCGCCCUUCGACUUCGUGGAGUCUAUCUCGUGGAGAGGAGGUGCUUCACCUCCACCGCGGCCUGCUUCAGAUGAUAUAUCUAACUACCCUGAGUGCUCUACACAGACCGCAGGUACUUCCACCUAACUCCACAACUACCAUUGAAGCGGAACUGCAAUCCUUUUCCCGAGCGAAAGUUAGACUUGCGGCGGUGGAAAUCACCAAGGUUGCUCAGGAGCUGCACAGCCUGGAUUUAACGCGCUACCUACCAACAAGCGGCGUUACCGUUCUCCUUCCAGCCGUCAUCAUACACUUGCUUGAUAUCAAGUCUAGUGACAUUAACCUCCGAUCUUCCAGCCUUGGACGGUUCUAUCAAUGCAUGCAGAUCCUGCAACGUCUGCGCGAAAUCUACGCAUCUGCCGAUUUUGCAACCUCGUUCCUUGAAGCUGCUGUCCGCAAGGCAGGUGUUCACAUCAACAUUGAGCCGACAGAGCAGGAAAAACAACAAAAGAAAACCAAGCCGGCACAGCCAGUGAACACUCUUACUCCUCCACCGGACCCAAGUCCAGGGUGCUUCAUUGAUCCAGUCUUGUCCAUGAAAUCGGACCUGGGUAACCUCGAGCAACCAGUCGACACCACCACCCUCGGCAUUGUUGUUGCAACUCCGCCAAAUUCAGCAAGUAGCGAGAAUGGAAGUCUACAAAAUAUAAACCACGAUACAACUGUGGAAGAUAUACUAAACGCCAGCGCCGAUACCUCAGAGCCCAGCCUAGCUGAAUUCAUGAACCUCGCGAACGAAGUGGAUAUUACUCAAAAUGACCUUGACGCGUUGAUCAACUUUGAUGAAAACACUGCUACGGAUUUCUUUACUAUGGAUGAUGCCGUCAAUGUUGAUUUAUCACUACCUGGCCUUGGAGAUGAUUUCAUCAAGGGGGAGUUUGAUGAUAAUGAUAAAAAGUUAGAAGGAUUCAAGGAAACUAUGGGUCCGGAUUUGGGUAUUGAUAUAGAGGGCCAGGCAUGGCUUAAUGACCCUUAG